GUGAGUGUGCCUUGACUUGAUGCAUCCAUUCAGGGAGAGAGAGAGAGAGUGUCCGUGCAGUCAGUACAUUGACAUCUGUGUAUGGUAUGCGACGUGACUCGACUCGACUUGACUUGCUGCCAUCGAUCAGUAAGGCCUAUCUAUAUUCGCUCUCUGUCUCGUUCUUCCCAUCCAUCCAUCCAUCUCUGUCUCAAUGCGGCGAUGCACCGUCCCCCUGGUGCAGCUGCUGCGUGUCCGCUGCAGUGGUGGCCGUCGCCUCGUCAGGCUUCCCACCACCAGCCUUCUCACCACCACCUUCCUCAAUCGUCACUGCCUUCUGCUUCUCACCACCAGCACCAACAUCACCAGUUUCCUGAUCUUCCUGUGUGCCAUCCGGUUCUUUGUCAUGCUUGGCUGCAGCGGCCUUGGUGCCCCCCACAACGAAGGGCUGCACGCGAGUUGUGACGUCUGUCUUGAAUGCGUCGAUGCACUCGACCUGCAGGCAGGAGGCCAGGUCGAUGGACAUCACACCCACGCGGGAGUUGCGCAGACGGUGGUCUCGCAUUCCUGAUUGCAUUGCAUUGCAUAGGCAGAUCGCACCGCACCGCAUCCAUGGAUUCGCAAAAUGUGACGUCUCUCUCUCUCUCUCUCUCUCUGACCUCUCUCUCCUCUCUCUCUCUUCUCUCUCUCUCUCUCUCUCUGUGUGUGUGUGUGUGUGUGGUGGGGAGGGGGAGGGGUCUAGACACAUACCCUGUGAGUUGGGUCGGUGGAUGUAGUUCAUCAUGGCGGCCGACAGGUGUGGCUCCGUCCACCUCGUCUUGACCUCCCGCACACCGUGCCGCGGGCGAGUCGACGCCACAGACUGCAUCCAUUGCCAUCCAACACGCACACCAACACCACACCACACGUAAGUACCUCUCUCUGUGUCUCCCUCCCUGGGUGAGCAACACACACGGUCUUGCCUUGCCUGUGCGAUGGCUUUGGUUCGUUUGCUGAAUGUGUAUGUGAGAGUUCGGUUUGCGAACUUGAGGUAGGCGCACUUGAAGUUGAUCUCCAGCGUGUAGUGACGCUCAACUGCAGUGCACACGAAUCGAAUCGGGUGGUAUCUCAUCUCAUGUGUGUGUAGGUAUGUUGUGUUGUGCUGUGUGGUGUGGUGGUUGUCAGACUGAGGUCGAGUAUGGCCCUGAAGAGUGCGUCGAGGCCCGACUGCACCACCUGGGGAGGCAGGUAACAACCCGUCGCUAUCGGAAUGGGGUUCAAAUACCUAGUGCACACACACAGUCACACAAUCACACACACACAAUCCCCUCUGUCUCCCUCUGUCUGUCUGUCUGUCUGUCUGUCUCCCUCCCUCCCUCCCUCCCUCCGCCCCUCCCUCUGUCUGACGUCAUAUAUUUCUGCUGCUGGUAGAUGGAUCCACAGUUGUGUUCUCGCCGGAACUCCUCCUUGCCAGGAAACCGGUGCAGCACCCCCUUGAGCUUCUCGUCCACAUUGAAACACGCACGCGCCUCCAGGCCGUCGGGGCGGAGGUAGGUGGGCAUGUCGGCGUACUGCAUGCCGUCAGGGGCGGCCUGCUUGUGGGUGCGGUUGAUGGGCUCGAUGGCCGAGAGGGUGAACUCGUCUUUGGCCAGGACGCCGGUGCGAUUGACGCGCACGAUGUUCUCAAACAUGAAGGUGCCUGCAGUGCCGGGCAGUGCAGUGCAGUGCACAGGGGCAGUGGAGUGAGUGGACAUGAUGUGUCUAUAGGUCUGCAGUGAGGACACUGAGGACAGACAGCUGUACCGAAGUUGGGGAUGUGGACGCUGUUGGCCUUCUCCAUAUUCUCUAUGAGGUAGUCGCAAAACGCUGACAGACAGAGAGACGUCACUGCAUUGAGUUGCAUCUCAGAGUGGAGUGGCGUCUGGAUGCCUUCUCACCGUCCCAUAUGAGCAGCAGCUGGCGGGUCGUGUCCAUCGGCACCAAACCUUGGCUCGUCCGAGCUGCACAGAACAGAACCAACUCAGAGGCAGUCAGUGUCUGCAGUGCCCGCAAAUGCCUGUCUUGACGUGACGUACGCUGAGGCUCUGUGUGCGGCCCUGGGUAGAUGCGUGGGUUGGCCAGCACGAAAUUCACCACUCCCCGGACUGCAUGGGGCAGACAGAAAUGGAGACAGGCAACGAGACGGGGUGUGCACCAUGCUUCGACGAUGGCAUGGGGCCUGCUUGAGCUCACUCUGAACCGUCGACUGCACUGGGUGGGACUGAAUCAUGGCGGCGACGAAAGCGAGAAGGCAGAAGACUGGGGGCCCCCGGGGGCGGCCCGCCGUCUUGGCGAGGAUCGCAUCACGACGUGUCCUAGAAGCUUCCUUCUGCGCACGAUAUAUCAGAGAUUUGCAUGUAGGUACGGCGGGUGCCUCAUGGCCUGCCUCAUGGCGUCCUGUCGUCCUUGGUGUACACGUACAAGGACCACUGUUCAUGAUACACACACCUCACCCCACUCACUCCGCUCACGCCCCCUCCCUCGCCCACCACCCCUUUCGGCAGCGGCCACAGCAGUGACACCACGCACCGUAGAGCGGCCGACUCAAACAGAGAUGCAAACAGGUCAGUCAGCUGCUCCAAGGCCUCCGGCAACAGAUACACAAAGCUGCAUUGCAUUGCACACGUACACACAGAUGCGCAUGUAUGUCAUCAGACACGCAAGCAACAAGUGAAGUGCGUUUGCGUGUGUGAUGUGCAGAUCAGUCGGCCUACAUGAUGGUGGUUUUCUUGAGCCUCUCCUCUACAGCUGUAUCGAGGAGGUUGCCGACCUCCAUCACCACCUCACCAGCCGCGGGAGGCUGGCCCUCAGGCCGCACCGGGACACCAGCUGCCUUGGCCCUGUCAACCGCUUUGCCGAUGAGCGCCUCGUCAAGGUCAAUGCCCCAACCUGACGUGCACACACACACACACGCACACACACGUAGGGCUGAAAUCUCACUUGGCCGUUGAUGCGAUGCGAUGUCAUGCGAUGCGAUGCGAUAUCAUUUUGUCCGGACCGGCGCAUUUGAAUCUUCUGACGCAUUCGAUGACCACUCGGCCAUCGCCGCAGCCCAGGUCAGCCACGAUGUCGGACGGCUGGACGUCCAGCAGACUCAUCAGGCCCUCCAGCUUGGCCUCUGACGUCGCCCUGCAGACAGACAGACAGACAGACAGGCACAACACACCCAUUCAUUGAUGGCCAGACAGGUGUAGUGUGGUGUCAUCGUAUGUGUGCUCCUUACUGAUAUGGCGAGAUGAAGCCCUGAGAGUCCCAACCUGACACAGACAGCGGGAAAGCAGCAAGAGAAACAGACACACAUUCGUCCAUUCAGCUGGCUGACACGGACCGGGAUUCCAUGUCCGUCCGGUCUUCACCGUCUGAGUAGACCUGUUCGAAGCCCAAGUGGACAGAGAACACACACGGAGAUGGAUGGGCGAAUGGUUUAAUCUUCGUCGUCCGUUCCAUUUGCUCACUCACCAGGUCAGGUUUGGUGCCCUGGAACGGCAUCCAGUUUGCGUCAUGAUCGCUCUCAGCAUCGCCUCCAUCUGGCACAGCACCACCGUCCGGGCCGUCAUCUGCGUGAUCUCUCUGCAGAUUCUCCAUCGAGAGCCUUCC